AAUGAAAGUAAGAGAAAAUAAAAAUACAAGGAGAGAGUAUUAGAGAGUUGUCAUCAAAUUGUUAAAAAUAGUUAUUCAAAUAUCAUUUCUCUUAAGAAUUAGUCUCGGCGGACAUAAAUAUCCGUCUAAGAGUGAUUCUUAAGAAAGAGUAGAAAUUUUUUAGUGAUAUUAGUUCCAUGCUUUCUACUAUUGCAACCUUUUGCCGUGGUUGAACAAAAUCACUGAUGAAAGAACGGUGCAACAAGUUAUUAUGCACAAGUUCAGCUCAAAAGUUCUAUCCUUUCCUCACAACCCAUGUAAAUUCAUGGCAUUUCUCCGUUCCAUCCACACCACCACUGCAGCUUCGUAUGAAUCCAUCUACCAAACCAAUCAACUCCUUAACCAGUUAUCAAAAUCUGGGCAAGUCAACGAUGCACGUAAACUGUUCGACAAAAUGCCUCAAAAAGAUGAAUAUUCAUGGAACACCAUGAUAUCUAGCUAUGUCAAUGUGGGUAGAUUAGUUGAAGCAAGAGAGCUUUUUGAUGGGUGUUCGUGUAAGAGUUCGAUCACAUGGUCGUCUAUUAUAUCCGGGUAUUGUAAGUUUGGAUGUAAAGUUGAAGCUUUUGAUUUGUUUAGGUCAAUGAGGUUGGAGGGAUGGAAAGCUAGUCAGUUUACUUUAGGGAGUGUUUUGAGAGUGUGCUCGUCGUUAGGUUUGAUUCAGACAGGGGAAAUGAUUCAUGGGUUUGUUGUGAAGAAUGGAUUUGAGGGUAAUGUGUUUGUUGUUACUGGACUUGUUGAUAUGUAUGCGAAGUGUAAGUGUGUUUCAGAGGCUGAGUUUCUUUUCAAAGGGUUGGAGUUUGAUCGGAAAAAUCAUGUACUGUGGACUGCUAUGGUUACCGGUUAUGCUCAAAACGGUGAUGGUUAUAAGGCGGUUGAGUUUUUUCGUUACAUGCAUGCGCAAGGGGUUGAGUGCAAUCAGUAUACCUUUCCAACCAUAUUGACAGCGUGUUCUUCUGUUUUAGCUCGUUGUUUUGGUGAACAGGUGCAUGGUUUUAUUGUAAAAAGUGGUUUUGGAAGCAAUGUAUAUGUUCAAAGUGCAUUGGUUGAUAUGUAUGCAAAAUGUGGAGAUUUAAAGAAUGCAAAGAAUAUGUUAGAAACUAUGGAGGAUGACGAUGUUGUUUCGUGGAACUCUUUGAUGGUUGGGUUUGUAAGACAUGGGCUUGAAGAGGAAGCUCUACGCUUGUUUAAAAAUAUGCAUGGAAGAAAUAUGAAGAUUGAUGAUUAUACAUUCCCUUCAGUCUUGAAUUGUUGUGUAGUAGGUAGUAUAAAUCCGAAAUCUGUUCACGGUUUGAUAAUCAAAACUGGAUUUGAGAAUUAUAAGCUUGUUAGCAAUGCUCUUGUUGACAUGUAUGCCAAAACUGGGGACAUGGAUUGUGCAUACACAGUGUUUGAAAAGAUGCUUGAGAAAGAUGUUAUCUCAUGGACCUCCCUUGUCACUGGUUAUGCACAAAACAACUCCCACGAAGAAUCGCUGAAGAUAUUUUGUGACAUGAGAGUCACAGGUGUAAAUCCAGACCAAUUUAUUGUAGCAAGUAUUUUGAGUGCCUGUGCAGAACUGACUUUGCUAGAAUUCGGUAAACAAGUGCAUUUAGACUUUAUUAAAUCAGGGCUUAGGUGGUCGCAGUCAGUGUAUAAUUCUCUUGUAGCCAUGUAUGCAAAAUGUGGAUGCCUAGAUGAUGCUGAUGCCAUUUUUGUUUCAAUGCAAGUGAAAGAUGUAAUUACUUGGACAGCUAUUAUUGUAGGUUAUGCACAGAAUGGUAAGGGAAGAAACUCCUUAAAAUUUUAUGAUGCUAUGGUUUCAAGUGGCACAAGACCAGAUUUUAUCACAUUUAUCGGAUUAUUAUUUGCUUGUAGUCAUGCCGGUCUUGUGGAUGAAGGUCGCAAAUACUUUCAACAAAUGAACAAGGUUUAUGGAAUAAAACCUGGCCCUGAACACUAUGCUUGCAUGAUUGACCUUUUCGGGCGAUCAGGAAAACUUGAUGAGGCGAAGCAAUUACUAGACCAAAUGGAUGUGAAACCAGAUGCAACUGUAUGGAAAUCACUCCUUUCUGCAUGUAGAGUGCAUGAAAAUUUAGAGUUGGCAGAAAGAGCAGCUACAAAUCUUUUUGAGUUGGAACCUAUGAAUGCUAUGCCUUAUGUUAUGCUCUCUAACAUGUAUUCUGCAUCCCGUAAAUGGAACGAUGUUGCGAAAAUUCGAAAGUUGAUGAAAUCAAAAGGAAUAGUAAAGGAGCCUGGAUGCAGUUGGUUAGAGAUAAACAGCAGGGUAAAUACAUUCAUUUCUGAUGAUAGAGGACAUCCAAGGGAAGCUGAGAUUUAUACCAAGAUUGAUGAAAUUAUAUUGAGAAUUAAGGAAGCUGGUUAUGUACCAGACAUGAGUUUUUCUUUGCAUGACAUGGAUAAAGAGGGAAAGGAAGUUGGUCUUGCUUAUCACAGUGAGAAACUGGCUGUUGCUUUUGGAUUACUAGCUGCUCCACCAAGUGCACCAAUCAGGAUAUUUAAGAAUCUCCGAGUUUGUGGGGAUUGUCAUUCUGCUAUGAAAUAUAUAUCAAGAGUUUUUACUCGUCAUAUCAUCUUGAGGGAUUCAAAUUGUUUUCAUCAUUUUAGAGAAGGAGAAUGUUCUUGUGGGGAUUACUGGUAGUCUGGUAGGAAUUCUUUUCUUAAAGACACUUGAUACCAACUCCAGUUUCAAGGGGAAUUCAUCCCACAUGAUAUUUUCAAGCUUUUGGGGCUUGAUUAUACAAAGUUUGCUGCUUCUGUUGUACUACUUACAAGGUUAAAUUCUUUUUUUAAUGUUAAAAUAAACAUAGAUAAGAUAAGAUUAUAGAUUAUGAGCUGUAUAUUAUGAGCUGUAAAAUGAUAACAUAUAAGAUUAUAGAUUAGUGACAGUUUGUUUCUUUAAAUAUUGCAUGACUGAGGGAUUUAGCAAAUAAAUAUAAGGGACGCAAAUGUGUUUGGUGUCCAAUGAAUGUUUCUUUCUGCUCAGAGUAACUUGCUGCUGAUAUAUACAGCAUAACCAGUGUAUCAAUUAGCAGAGAUUGUUAUCUUAACCAUGAAAA